GCACAAAUGACGGAGGAUAGGCUUCACGAUAGUUGAAGUUUAUCUUUCAGUUUGUAUGCUCCUGGAAAUCAGUCGCAAACACAAGGCAACGAAAGUGAGCCAAAAAGUGGCUCGAGAUCGUGCCCGCAUUCGCAUUGCGGGUUCCGCACGUGUCGCUAGAGGAUCAUCACUCUGCAUUUCGCAUUCUGGUGCGCACUCGAUCUCCAUACUCAGCAAAGUGUAAAUAACCAUGAAGGAGGCGGGCGCGGGCUCCAAGUGCUAUGUGCCCGACGACACGUACGUGUGGCUACCGGCGCAGAUCCUGCGCGAGGAGAAGAGCUCUGACCCUAAGAAGCCCGAGAAGACCGUCGUGCUGCGUGUUUACCCUCCGCCUGGCGAUGCCACCGCCGUUGUAGACGAAGAGCGUGUGCUGGACUUCAAUGACCACAAAGUCAAAGCCAUGCUCAAGAGUUUGCAACUCGAGUCGCUGCCGUACCAGAAUGAGAAUCUGGGGCCCAACGGUAUUGAGGACAUGACGGCACUCAACUACCUGCACGAGGCCGCCAUCCUGUACAAUGUUAAGAAGCGCUUCCUGCAAAAACUGCCCUACACAUACACGGGCGACAUUUGCAUCGCCGUGAACCCAUACCAAUGGCUACCAGAGCUCUAUUCGGAGCAGGUGCAGUCUCAGUAUCUCACCAAGGCACGAGACGAACUGCCGCCGCAUGUGUAUGCGACUUCCAUGGCGUCGUACAACGACAUGAAGCGGCAUGAAAUGAACCAGUCUAUCUUGGUGAGUGGAGAAUCGGGAGCUGGUAAGACAGAGACCACCAAGAUUCUCAUGAAUCAUCUUGCCUCAAUUGCUGGAGGUCUAAACGACUACACAAUCAAGAAGAUUAUAGAGGUAAAUCCGCUGCUCGAGUCGUUCGGUAACGCUAAAACGGUGAGGAACGACAACAGUUCUCGCUUCGGCAAAUUCACUCAGCUCCAAUUUGAUAACGCUGGUAUUCUGGUGGGAGCGAGAUGCAGAACAUACUUGCUGGAAAAGACUCGUGUGAUUUCGCACGAAGAAUCGGAACGCAAUUACCACAUUUUCUAUCAGUUGCUAGCGGCGAGUGACAGUAAGGAGAAAUGGUUCUUGGAUGAUGCCAAUGAGUGCUAUGCGUACACAGGCGCGAAUAAGACUAUUAAGAUUGAAGGUAUGUCGGAUGACAAGCACUUCGAGCGGACCAAGACGGCUCUCGGGCUUAUUGGCGUCACGGAGGAGCAGCAAGGAGUUCUCUUUGAGGUGCUUGCAGGCGUGCUACACCUGGGACAAUUGGAAAUUCAGUCGAAGAAUAACAAUGAAGAGUCUGAAAUUGCACCAAACGAUCAAGGAGCGAAGAAUGCGACCAAACUCCUUGGUAUCUCGGAAGCAGACCUAGAGAAGGCACUGUGCUCGCGCCAGAUUGCAGUCGCUGGAGACAAAGUGACUACCUUUUUGAAAAAGGAUCAGGCGGAGGAGUGUAUUGGUGCUUUAUCGAAGGCAAUUUACUCCAACGUGUUCGACUGGCUAGUCGAAAUGAUCAAUACGUCCCUGGAAAACGAUAAGAAGAUGCGCCACCAUGUGGGCAUUCUUGAUAUUUUCGGCUUCGAGCACUUCAAACACAAUUCCUUCGAACAAUUUUGCAUUAACUACGCAAACGAGAAGCUUCAGCAGAAAUUCACCCAAGAUGUCUUCAAGACCGUGCAGAUUGAGUACGAAGCCGAAGGCAUCAUGUGGAGUCACAUCGACUUCGCAGACAAUCAAGACGUGAUUUCUGUGAUUGAAGAUCGCCUUGGUAUUAUUUCGCUGCUGAACGACGAGGUGAUGCGUCCUAAGGGAAAUGAUGAGUCUCUUGUCUCCAAGCUAUCAACCAUUCACAAGGAUGAGCAAGAUGUCAUUGAGUUUCCUCGCACAUCACGCACACAGUUUACAAUCAAGCACUACGCUGGAGCCGUUACGUACGAAUCACUGGGAUUCCUCGAAAAGCACAAAGAUGCACUUCUCCCUGAUCUAUCCGAUUUGAUGCGGGGUUCGUCCAAGCAGUUCCUCAGGACAAUAUUUACCGAAAAGAUCGGCAGCCCAGUUGCCUCACGAAAGAAAAGCGCCAGUAAUGCUCGGCGUGCAGGAGGUAGGGGGAGUGCUUUGACGGUGGCGAACGUGGGAACCCAAUUCAAGGACAACCUCAACGAGCUUAUGACUAGUAUUCGCCAAACAAAGGUACACUACGUCCGCUGUAUCAAGCCCAACAAAAACAAAAGUCCAAGCGAAAUGGAUCAGCCAAUGGUAGUAUCGCAACUGCGUUGUGCCGGUGUGAUCGAGGCAAUUCGUAUUUCUCGUGUUGCGUAUCCGAACCGACUACUGCUGGAGGAAUUGGUCGACAAAUUCUGGGUGUUCGAUGUAGAGCAUCGCAACACUGAUGUUCCUGUCAAACAGCGAUGUGAGGCAUUGAUGAAAAAGAUGGAAUUGUCGUCACCUGAACAAUACCAAAUUGGACUUUCGCGCAUUUACUUCCGAUAUGGAAUUCUAGAGCAAAUGGAGGACAAAAAGGCGGAGCGUUUGGAUCUGCAGGCUCGUCACUUGCAGCAUUACAUGCGAGGGUUUUGCUGCAGACUUCGUUUCCUUCGCAAGCUACAAGCAAUUGUCAAGCUGCAGUCUGUUGCUCGAUGUGUUAUCAUGAUGAAUCGAUACCAGUCAUUCAAGACUGCUGUGAUCACUCUCCAAGCGCACUGGCGAGGAUACAAAGGUCGUUGCAUUGCGCUCGAGGCCAAGAAGAACAAGAGCGCGGUCAUUAUUCAGAAAUAUGCUCGUCGAUUUGUCAAACGCAAGCAAUUCAAGGAUGAACGGAAGGGGGCCGUAAAGAUUCAAGCAUUCCUGCGUAUGAAGUACGAGCGACCGAAGUAUAUGAAAGCUCUGCAGGAGAAGAAGCAGCAGGCUGAUAUGGAAUACCAGCUCAGCAAGCUCCAGGAACGUCUCCACGAUGAACAGCGUCGAAACGCGGAGCUUAAGAAAGACCGGCUGUCUAAUUCGUCUACGGACAGCCAACUCUACGCAGAAACUAAUGGGACGCGAUCACGCGGGCGAUCAACUGCCCACAUGUGGAUGGCUGAUGCCGAUGGUAUUAUCAGCCAGCUUAACGAAGAGGCGAAUCGUCUACGCAAAGAGAAUGAAGAGCAGCGUGCACUGACGGCACAACUAAAGAGCGAGGUCGAAAAGCUCAAGUUUGACCAAACGGUGCUGACGGCGAACUUCCAAGUCAAGAUCCGCGGCUUUCAAGACACGAUUCGUGAGAAGGAUAAGAAGCUCGAGGCUGUAGAGCGUGAGUGUGUAAAACUCCGAGAACUUGUAGGCUCCGACCCGAUCCUAUCAAGUCAAAGAUCUACGCGAAAGGACCGUCGCUCCGUGUUCCGAAGAUUGGGAUCCAAGAAAGAGUUUGACGACGGCUACGACAAUGGCGAUGCAAGCCGGGCGUCGACUGCCAUGCAGGCGGCCCUUGCUCAGAGAUCCGCAGAGACAGCGCAGUUCCUCCGCCAGUCUGCGCGGCGUAUGUCUCGCGCGAAGAUGUGGCGCAACAACAGCGGUGGUGAUAGCGAUGGUGAGGGUCGUUUCUCUGGUAGUGACAUGGGUGACUCUGGUGGCCGACCGUCGCUACUCCAAGAGGUUAGUGCGGCUGGUGCCGGGGCUAUGGAGUCUUUGAAAAACAGGCUCACCGCUGUCAAAGAGAAGUACUACGGCGAGGAUGGACCAUCUGCAGCUUCGCGCCAAAACGCGGAGCUUCGUAGAGCUUCUGCUGCGAGGGAGUCGUUCAACUUAGAUGCAAUGCCGCUUCCUCCUGGCUGGGAGACACGUAUGUCGCGCUCGAAGGGCAAGGUGUACUACUGCAACCCGACGUUGCGGAUCACACAAUGGGACCACCCCUCGAUCGAAUCGACUACAGGGAAAAAACAGGCAGCCGUAGCUGCUCAGCGCGCGAAGAGGUAAGGCGAAAUUGAUGCUGUGAACUAUAGAGGAUGCUAACUAACGCGUGGCUGUACAGAGGAGUAUCUACUGCGGGAAGCACUGUUGGGAGCUCACCGAGGGAUUCAAUAGACGGCGUGCUCACGAUGGAGGGCCAUAUCUAGAAAUCUUCAACGGAAGCAACCAUGCACUUAGCUUGUACAAGAAGAGAUGAGCCAGCGGGCACAAAAGUUGCUGCCUUGAUUUGUAUCGAGGGUAGCCACAGGCUACACUACAUGUAGAAAUGUACAGUGUAAAACUACUCUCCGUUUGGGCGGGAUCCAUCGUACGUGACAUAUAUGUCGGCCUGGAGAUUGUCUUGCUGACCCCGUUUGACGUACUCGUGCUCGUAGCACUCUUGGCACAGGUACGUGUCGUCGUGGGAAUUCCAGACAGCAGCAAAUACUGUGCUCGAAGAAUUGCUGCAGGGUCCGCAAAAGCGACAAUCGUCAGGUCUAGCCCAGCUUUGCUUCAUUCGGCGCGGAUUGUAGAAAAAUGGUUCACCUAGCAAGGAUCCAGGAUACCGUCAAACGUUAGUGUCAACGCUACCUAACAUUGCCGUCAACUUACCAAGCACAUUGUCAAUCAUGAUCACCCAGCAAUUUUCGUAUUCGAGUUCCUUCGAGCCCAGACCAGUAGGCUUCCGAGUCCUGACCUUCCCUGUAAAUCUGUUGCGAUACCUUGGUA